AUGUCGGCGCAGCCGCUGGAAUCUCACAAGAUGAGGAAAAUGGCUUGGCUCGAGAGGCUAAGACGUAAGUGGAGACUCAAGGAUGAUGCUAUGUUAGCAGACCCCGGAUUGUCCCCAAUGGCAUCCUCAUCUCACUCUCUGACCAAUCCAAGCGAGGCUUCUUUCGAAUGUCCGCCCGAGCCAUCUCCAGUGCCGACGGAUGUCGAGGAGGGUGUUGACAGCAUAAGCAACGCUACCCCACUGAAUUCGGUAUCGACACCAGCUGAAGACACCAGACCGAAUCUGACAAAUCUUUGGGAGAAGGCGAUGCAAGCCAUGCAGGAUGGUCCCGAUUCAGAAAAGCGGGAGCUCGCCCAGCAAUAUGCUGAGAUCCUGGCCUCGAAGCUAAAUGGGUCUGAAGGUGGGCUUGGAGCCGAAGGUCCAAGUCAUCUCAAGUAUGAACAAGUCGCAGAGAUAUUGAACGCGAAGGUGGAAGAACUGAGCCAAGAGCGGCUGGCCGUUUCCCUUGGAAGUCGCGAGUUGUCUAUUGAGCCCUUGUUCAACAAUGUAUCGAAACACAUCAUCGCCGCAAAGGACCUCAUAAGCAGUGCCGCCGGGGCCGACCCUCACGCCGCUCUUGCUUCACGACUAACGUCCGAGCAGUUCCUCGUCCGUCCCAUAGAGCAGAGAGAACAUAUACUCCGAGGUCUUGAACUGACAUCUUCUCUCAUCUGUCGAUACUUCGCGAUGGAGCAGGUUUACCGCCCUCAAGCCCGCAUGGAGAGUCUACCAGCAGAGUCAGCCAGAAGGCUCGAGUUGGAUCUAGAACGCAACCUAGUCAAUCUUUACACCAAGAUCAUUGAGUUCCAGGCACGAGUACUCUGUUAUCUACAACGCAGCCGUCCGACCCGAUUCAUUAGAGACCUGCCAGCCUCACUAGGGCAUUCAGAGUCGCUGGAUUCAGCCGUGAUAACCUCCUUUUCACCCGCUUCGAUUUGA